CUGAGUGACAGUACAAAGAGUCAUUCCAAAUAUACUCCGUUACCAACAUGAAGCUCCAACUUGCCGUAUCCCUCUUCGCUGCACUUACUGCAGCAAGCCCCAUUUGCCUCGAGAAGCGCCAGUCAUCUGGCCAGAAUGAACUGCGCGAUGGGGAUUGCAAGGAUAUAACUCUUAUCUUUGCCCGCGGGUCGACGGAGGACGACUACCUGGGCUCACUCGGAGUGGAGGUCUGUGACGGCCUCAAAUCGCUGAAGCCCGAUCAGGUUGCAUGCCAGGGUGUUGCGCCGGCAUAUAAAGCGGACCUGGGAUCAAACCUCCUUCCCAAAGGAACGUCCGAUGCGGCGAUUAAUGAAGCCACGGAGCUGUUUGAGCUUGCGGCGUCCAAGUGUCCCGAUACCAAGGUCGUUGCGGGUGGUUACAGUCAAGGAGCGGCAGUGAUGCACGGGUCCGUUUCGACUCUCUCGAGUAGCGUGCAGAACCAGAUCAGCGGUGUCGUGCUCUUCGGGGACACCCGCAAUCAACAGGAUAACGAGCGGAUUCCGAACUUUUCGACGGAUAAGACGAAGAUUUAUUGUGCGGAGGGAGAUAAGGUGUGCGAGGGGACGCUUAUUAUCACAGAUGCGCAUUUUUCUUAUAGUCAGGAUGUCCCGGAUGCCCUUGAGUUUCUGGCUGGGAAGGUUUAAGGAAUGAGCAUGUCUACCAAUACAACAAGUUUAACAUCCAUAUACUAGACAUGCACAGCCGUAUUGAUUUAACCCAUUGGACCAGUAUAAAUUAUUCAGGGUUGAUUGAUGAGGAGAGAGGCGCCAUAAUGUACAACAGUCGGGGUCUAGUAUACAGGUAGAGUCAACAAUCAAGCAACAGGAACAAGCUCAUCCAAAAUGCGUUCAAUAUGCCUCGCAACCGUAUAAUGGGUAUCAUCAAACUCGGUCAACGCACAAUGCGGAAUCCGCCCAGCCAUAUACCUAAUCAUCUCAACCGGUGCAUUUGAAUCGUUGACACCAUGCCAGAUCCUCACCUUGUCAUAGGCGAUAUCCUCAAAUCUAAACCCCCAAUCAUGCGAUAGCAGAACAGCCUCCUGCACAGUCGCACCGCUGCCCUGCGCAAACGCUUCAAACGACAUAUCCAGCACCAUCU